AGUCCCAAACUAAAAAGCAUUCUCAAUGGAGAAUCUACAUUGUAAUUGACUUUAAGUCCAUGACUAGUUUUAAUCUGUAUCUGGGAAAACGGCCCAGUUUUAAUGCCCAAAGUUUAUAUGAUUAUAAAAAAAUAUAUAGGCGAGCAUGUUCUAAUCUAUCUAUUACCAUAGACUCCUUGCCUGGCCUCCAGCUAAAGAGAAGAUAUCCACAGUGUUUGAAGCCAGACAAACUCCAUGGCAACUAAGGAGAAAACAAAUGAAAAGAGGGACUUAUCUGAGUCCAGAACACUACAUUAUAGUCCUGCGGUAUGAGAGAGGAGAGAGCUCUUCUAUUGACCCUCAUACAAAUUCAUAACCCGCUAAACAAACACACACAGAGUUCAGCUUUCAUGUAACACUGGGGAAAUCCGGCAGAUCUGUCGCUCUCAUCGUUGCUGAACAACCUUAUUCCAAGAUCACUCAACAACAAGGAACAAACGGGCAGAGAAAUACAACCGACCCUCCUGCCUGCUUGUUUCAUGUUGGGUGUCAGCGCUGCUCACAGUCUACCGGGCGUGCUGUUCUGUUGGAACCCCUUAGGGGGAUGGAUGGAUGGAGAGAGGGAGGGAGUGCAUUGCCUCCCGGAAUUUGAUGGUCAGCAUUCCUCUGAUUGGGCUUUUGGGUGCAUGACCCCGGGGUCCGAACAGAGGAGGGUUGAAGAGGGGGAGGACUUCAUGUUUUCCUUUCUUCCCUUUGUUCCGUCUGCUUUUUGGUUCACAGAGCAAACACAGUGGUUCUCGUCCCUCUUGAUAUUCCAGUAGAUGGACAUGCAUCUGAUCAACGCAGCAGGCUUCUCGAUACAUCCUUUCGGCUGGGUGAAUUACACACACAUAUACAGUUUCUCUCAAUUUAUCCGAUUCAAUUCAGGCCAGCCAUGUACCCUAAUCUAAGAACCCUAUGCCUUAUUUAGGAGAUAAAUAUUAAUGGUAACCUCCACUUAAAGUAUUUAAUUGUUUAAACCUGGAUCUCCAAGAGCAUCAUUUUAAGUCUAUUGCACUCAGUCUUGCCAUUGGCCCUCACAAAAUGCAAUUUGAGGCUUCGCUUUCUUGACCCCAUUUAUCAGGGCUUCCAGUUAGGCUCUUUGUAAGUGUUGGAUGGAUAAGUCAUAGGUUAGACUGACCAUGAGGCAGCGCACCUGUGAGUGAAUAAAUAAGACACCCCUGGGGCCACAUAACCGUCCCCUGCCCUUCUCUCCUGUUGCCUUCAAAGGAGCCCAGUCAUUGUGUUACUGUGGGUCUAUCUCCCCCUACCGGUGGGUUCCUGCAUUGAAUGUACUGACUUGGUAGGAUGAAGAUGUUGCCACAAGACAAUGAUGUUUUCCUGCCUGACCGACCUCGUCAGAUAAGACACACACGCCUUUUUUCAGCCCGCCCAACCCAGUGCCGCCUCCUCACCCAGUCUCUGUGCCCCUGUGGGAGGAGGAGGAGGACCCUGUGUUGUUGUGAUUUGUCUCCCUGCAGCCAGUUGGAGGGGAAGUGGUCAACGAGGCUUUUUCCCCUCUGCCGCCCCCAAGAUGAGCAGGCUGGGCCUCCACAGGGGGCAGUGUUCAGGGCUGCGCUCCAGCCCCACCGACCCCCAGCCGAGAAGCUGCUGAACGUAACGCACACGCACAGCAGUACAGCCACAUACACACACACACACACACACAGAACCUGAGAGCAGGAGCUACACACCCACGAUAGGGUCGAGAUACAACCAGUGUCUCCUGAUAACGGCCGUGUUUACAUGUGUACAAGGGAGUGGUGUGGUGUUCCGUGACGGAGAGAGGAGAGAGAUCCGCCAAGAGGAGGGGAGCGAGCGGAGGAGGAGGAGUGUGAGGAACACACAGAGAGAGAAACCCAAUCCUCUUCGGUAGCAGAGCGGCGGACGGGCGAGCCUGGGAGAAAGAGAGAGAGAGGGAGGAGAGUGCAGAGGUAGAGGGAGCCCUAAGUCCAGCGCAGACUGAGUCAGAGCAGCCAGCCAGGCAGGCAGCGCGUCCUGCAUCAAGAGUGGUGGAGAGACGAGCAGGGCCCCAGACGGAGAGUCAUGGGCUAUGCGGGCCAUGGUGACCUAGAGUAAAUGGCUAUUCCUCAGCACAGCUUGGUGCCAGUGUCUGGAGCUCAACCCUCCCCCUCCUCCUCUUCUUGUGUCCCUGUCAGCUGCUGUGCCACGCUGCUGUUUGUCCCCGGCGCUGCCUUCUGCUCUGCCCCUGUCGUGCUGCGGCCAUGGUGGCCAGCCUGUGGAAGCUGGUGCGGGGCGUCAGGCAACUGGAGCUCCAUCGCCUCAUCCUGGUGCUCAUCGUCUUCUGCCUCCUCUCCAUGGCCUUUUUGGCCUACUACGUCAGCAACAGCCCCAAGAUCAAGGAGGCACCCCCGCUGCCCUUCAGUGACUGCGGGGGGGUGCCGGUGGCUGUGGGAGGGGGGCAGCGGGAGCCCCUCUUCCUGCCUCGCUCGGGUCGAUUGCGCCAGGUGAAAGCCAUGGACAACUCUCGCACGGACCCGGUGGUGCUGGUGUUUGUAGAGAGCAUCUACUCUCAGCUGGGCCAGGAGAUCGUGGCCAUCCUGGAGUCCAGCCGAUUCCGCUACCGCACCGAGAUCGCCCCGGGGAAGGGAGACAUGCCCACGCUGACUGAGCGCAACCGCGGCCGAUACGCCCUCGUUAUCUACGAGAACUUGCUGAAGUACGUCAACCUGGACGCCUGGAACCGCGACCUGCUGGACAAGUACUGCGUGGAGUACAGUGUAGGCAUCAUCGGCUUCUUCAAGGCCAACGAGAACUCGCUGCUCAGCGCCCAACUCAAGGGCUUCCCUCUCUUUCUGCACUCCCACCUGGGCCUGAGGGACUACCGCAUCAACCCCAAUGCCCCUCUGCUUUACAUCACCAGACCGAAUGAGGUGGAGCAGGGCCCCCUUCCCGGGGACGACUGGACCGUGUUCCAGUCCAACCACUCCACCUACGAGCCAGUCCUCCUGGCCAGCACCAAGUCCUCUGACGCCCUGGCCCACCUGGGGCCACUCAGGGCUAUGCACUCCACCGUGGUCCAGGACCUGGGGCUUCACGACAGCAUCCAGAGGGUCUUGUUUGGAAACAACCUGUCCUACUGGCUGCACAAGCUGGUGUUUGUGGACGCCAUCGCCUACCUGACGGGCAAGCGGCUCUGCCUCUCGCUGGAGCGCCACCUGCUGGUGGACGUGGACGACAUCUUCGUGGGCAAGGAGGGCACCCGCAUGAAGGUGACCGACGUAGAGGCCUUGCUCAAAACGCAAAACAAGCUGCGAAUGCUGGUCCCCAAUUUUACCUUCAACCUUGGCUUCUCUGGAAAGUUCUAUCACACAGGCACAGAUGAAGAGGACCGGGGAGAUGACAUGCUGCUAAGACACAGGAAGGAGUUCUGGUGGUUCCCCCACAUGUGGAGUCACAUGCAGCCCCACCUGUUCCACAACGUCAGUGUGUUGGCUGAGCAAAUGAGGCUCAACAUGCUGUUUGCCCAGGAGCAUGGGAUUCCUACAGACAUGGGCUAUGCUGUGGCCCCCCACCACUCGGGGGUCUACCCUGUCCACAGCCAGCUGUACGAGGCCUGGAAGUCAGUGUGGGGCAUCAAGGUGACCAGCACAGAGGAGUAUCCUCACCUCAGACCAGCCCGCUACCGCAGGGGCUUCAUCCACAAUGGCAUCCAGGUGUUACCCAGACAGACAUGUGGCCUCUUUACUCACACCAUCUUCUAUAACGAGUACCCAGGAGGCUCCAAAGAGCUGGACAAGAGCAUCAGGGGAGGAGAGCUGUUCCUCACUGUCCUCCUCAACCCUAUCAGCAUCUUCAUGACCCACCUGUCUAACUAUGGAAAUGACCGGCUGGGCCUGUACACCUUUGAGUCCCUGGUGAAGUUUGUUCAGUGUUGGACCAACUUGCGGCUGCAGACACUCCCCCCCAUGCAGCUGGCUGACAAAUACUUCCAGAUCUUCCCUGAGGAGAGAGACCCCCUCUGGCAGAACCCAUGUCAUGACAAGAGACAUAAAGACAUCUGGUCGAAAGAAAAGACCUGUGAUAGAUUACCGAGGUUCCUGGUCAUAGGCCCACAGAAAACAGGCACCACAGCCUUGCACUCGUUCCUGAGCCUCCACCCUGCCAUCACCAGUAGCUUCCCCAGUCUUGUCACCUUUGAGGAGAUCCAGUUCUUUAGCGGCCCCAACUACAACAAUGGCAUUGACUGGUACAUGGACUUCUUCCCCUUCCCAUCGAAUGUCAGUACAGACUUCAUGUUUGAGAAAAGUGCCAACUACUUUGACACGGAGGUAGCCCCUAAGAGAGCGGCCGCCCUGCUGUCCCGGGCCAAGAUCCUUGCUGUGCUCAUCAACCCAGCGGACCGCGCCUACUCCUGGUACCAGCACCAGCGGGCUCACCAGGACCCGAUGGCCGUUAACCACACGUUCCAGGAGGUGGUGACAGCGGGGCCUGCCUCCCCCCGAGAGCUGCUCAUCCUGCAGAGGCGCUGCCUUAAACCUGGGGCCUACGCCACACACCUGGAGCGCUGGUUACACCACUACCAGCCCAACCAGGUCCACAUAGUGGAUGGGUCCCAACUGCGAUCCAACCCUGCCCUGGUCAUGGAGGGCAUCCAGAGGUUCCUGGGGGUCACACCCAUCUUCAACUACACCCAGGCUCUGACGUAUGAUGAAAGUAAAGGGUUCUGGUGCCAGAGGGUGGAAGGAGCACGACCCAAGUGUUUGGGCAAGAGUAAAGGCAGGAAAUACUCUGACAUGACUCCUGAGUCGCGUGCCUUCCUGACGGAGCAUUACCGGGAGCACAACAUGGAGCUGCUGAGGCUGCUGAACCGGCUGGGCCAGCCCCUGCCCGCCUGGCUGAGAGAGGAGCUGCAGAGCUCCAGCUGGAGCUGAGACUGGACCUCCCUACGGAACCACAGCCACAGCCUGGGACUGGAGCACUGCCCUGCCUGGCCUAGCCCGGGGUAAGAGGGCACUGUUUACCCACACCCAACACCAGUCACUACAGAGAGUGGAAGAGGAGAGAAGGCGGGAGGACAGCCCCCUAUCAGGACAAUGGACUCCUCCACCCUGAAAUGCCACUGUAGAACCCAAUCCUCACGGGAGGGGAAUAAUGGCCUCUGAUAAGGGAGUUAAUGAGUUGGACUGCUGAAACAACCCUCCCUCUUUCCCCUCGCAGUCGCACACAUCUUCAUCCAGAAAGUAGAGGACUUGUCUCAGCUUGCAGCCAGUUGGACUGACUGACGCCAGGGUCUGGCAGACUGAGAGGGGGUGGGGGGGGUCUAAUGUCAUGUUACCCCCUUUUUAACAGGAACUGAUAUCUUGUGGCCCUGGAGUGCAUGAAUAAACCCGGCAACAUGCGUGUGGUCACAAGCUCACACACACACUUCUCAUUUCUUCAGAAGAAUGAAUGUAAAAUGUUGUAAAUUUUAAAGCUGUUGUAUAUUGUUGGUGGGGGAUGGGUGGGAAAUGUGACAGAAUAGACAUGAACUAAACAAGACAGCAAACUCUAGUGCUAUGGACAAAGACGUGUGCCGUAGGAUGGAUGUAGUGCAUCACAGGCCACGGCUCCUACAGACUGCAUUCCACUACCCCAAAGCUGAGGCCUUUGGAGUACAUUCUGAUAAACAAACGGUCUAAUAGGACCCACACACUUUAACCAUGCACAUUCUCCCUCACUCUCACGUAGGUACCCAGUCAGUUUAGAGCUAGAGAGGUUCUAGGUCUCUCUGCUUGUGAGUGUCUGUCGUAACAGGAGCUGCUGUCUUGUUUUCUGUUUAUUUUGCCAAUACUACAAAACAAAGACCAACGCUGUAUCAUCUCUAAUAAACUCAGAGGUUGGAAUGAA